AAUCGAGAAAUAUCUAAAUACAUGAGUUAAAUAAAUUAGAUGAUCACGGUGGAAGUUUCAAUUAGAAAUGCUUUUCUUCAGAUGGUAAGUCUUUAGCUUCUUGCAGAGAUGGUAAUUCGAUUAUUUUGUGGGAUGUUAAAGCAGGGAGAAUAAAGUCAAUAAUCAGAAGAAGGGGAAGGUAAAAUCAGUCUGCUUCUCAUCUAAUAAUAUUACAUUAAUUUUCAGCAACGGAGAAUUUGUGUAUUUAUGGAAUCUUAAAACAAGAAGAUAAAUAAAAAAUUAAAUGGUCAUUUUAGGGAUGUUAGGUCAGGAUGUUUCUCCUCUGAUGGCACUACAUUAACAUCUGGUAGUUCAGAUUAGUCUAUCCGUUUAUUGAAUGUCAAGACAGGACAAUAAAAGCCAAAUUAGAUGGUCAUUCAAAUGGAAUUCUCUCAGUUAAUUUCUCUCCUGAUGGUACCACAUUAGCUUUUGGUAGUGUAGAUAAGUUUAUCCGUUUAUGGAAUGUUAAGACAGCGAAAGAGAUUCUACCGCAUGAUGUAUGUUACAAAGACCUUUUUCUUCUCAUAAUAUUCCUCAUUAAAAGGCCAAACAUUUUACAAAAUGGUAUUUAUUUUAUUAAAUUUUAGUUAACUUUGAUCGUACAAUUCUUAUAAUUUGUCAACCAAUUUUGGAAGCUUAAGGAGCUUUAAUUUUGA